UCAUCACCAUGUCCUCUAGUCAUAAUAAUAAUAACCAAACCAACAACAUUAAAGGAGGUGUAAAAGACAACAAAAUCAGGAAGAGAAACUGUUCUUCCUCCUCUUCUUCAUCAUUGGCAAGAAAAUACAGAUUCAAGAGGGCUAUUUUGGUUGGAAAGAAAGGAGGGACAACCACACCAGUUCCACUGUGGAAGACUAGUGCUACUAGUUCUCCCUCUAUGGAUACAACUACUACUGAACAGCUUUUUCAUUCUUCUGCUUCAGGGUUACCUUUCAAAGAUAAAGAGAAAGAGGUUUCUGUUUCAGCUAGAAAACUUGCUGCUACUUUGUGGGAAAUGAAUGAUUUGAUUCCUUCAAGGGUCAAAAAGGAGUUUGAGGUUGACCAAAUGAGAACCUGCAAGGAAACAAGUAUGAAAAGCAGAGAAAAAGCUGUGAGCUUGUCUAGAUCAGGUUUGUUAAGGUCACAAAUGUCAGAUCCAUGCAACAGUCCUACUGCAGAGAGAAUGAAAGGAUUUGAAAGUGAUGGUUACAGAAGAACAGUGUCAGGAUUAUCUCAUCCACAUCGUUCUGGUGUGGAUGCCCAUAUCAGUUCCAGUUCAAUUGAGGAGAAUUGCUACAAAAAUAAGGAUGGAGUUAAAAGCCGUCUAAAGGAAGCUAGAAGUGGUCUAUCGACAUCGAAGAAGAUUCUUAAGGUUUUAAAUCAAAUGUGUCAUCGAGAGAAGCAAUCAUCGACAAUGGCCCUUGUCUUGGCCCUCGGAAGUGAGCUUGAGCGCGUUUGUGGCCAGGUUGAUAAACUGAUCCAAGAAGAACGCUCAAACUCAAAUCAGUACGAUGCUGAGUACAUGAUGAAGCGUUUUGCAGAAGAAACUGCAUGGAAGACGAGAGAAAGGGAGAAGGUUCAUGAUGCCAUUAAAAAUGUAUCUGAAGAGCUUAAGGUGGAGAAGAAGUUGAGAGCGCAAACUGAAAGGUUGAAUAAGAAGAUUGCCAUUGAAAUGGCUAGUGUUAAAGCUUCACACUUGGAAGUAUGCAAAGAGCUCGAGAGGGAAAAACGUGCGAAAGAGAUUCUCGAGCAAGUUUGCGAUGAACUAGCUAGAGGUAUUGGGGAAGACAGAGCGCAUGUGGAAGAACUGAAAAAGGAGUCGGUUAAAGUUCUAGAAGAGGUGGAAAAGGAGAGGGAAAUGCUUCAGUUAGCAGAUAUUUUGCGUGAGGAGAGAGUCCAGAUGAAGCUUUCGGAAGCUAAAUAUCAAUUUGAGGAGAAAAAUGAUUUCCUAGAAAAGCUGAGAAACGAGCUCGAGGACUUUAUGAGAAUUAGAGAUGAAGAAAAUGGAGAUGUUUCUCCCGAGAGUACAAAAUUCAAUGACCUUGAGACUUAUUUCAAUACCAUUUGUCAGGGAAUUCGAAAUGCGGAUAAACUGCACGAUUCGGAUGAGGAAGGCAGUGAUCUUGUUUCGAUUGAAUUAAACAUGAAUAAUGACAGUAGAGGCUAUGACUGGAGUUACACAAACGAAAAGGAUGCUCAAAAUGACUCGAAAAGAGUUUCAACUGACAAAGAGAGCACAGGGAGGAAAUCCUUCUCUGAGAGAAUUCAAUGGGGAAGUAUUUGCUUCAAUAAGAGAAACUCCAGCUUUAAGAAAAGGGAUUUGGAUAUAAAUAUUCAAGAAGGUUGCGAUCAUUCUGAUCCCGACACUUCAAAUGAAUUUCUCUCUCGAGCUCGGAUACAAGACGAUAAGGAGGGAACUCCAAGCAAUAGGUCUAUUUCAGGCGCCAAUCCUGUUCAGAGAAAGGAUCAACAGUUAAUUUUGCAGUGUACUAAUGAAGAAGCUGAAGAAAAUAUUCUUCUUGCAUUUGAGGGUGCCAAUUUGAAGCAAGAAGCUGAAGUGAAAAAACCAAGAUGUUACUUAAAGAGUUUUGAUAGUGAUAGUUAGCAACUUAUUAUCAUUGAUAGCUCCUAUUAUUUUUAUUUUUGUUCCAAAUUGUAAAUGAUGUCUUUCAUGUAUUGAAUAUGUUCAAAACUUAUCAUUGUUAAUAUGCUACGAAGCAUGGAUACCGACUCUGACGCGUUGAUACCGGUACUAAUUUGGAAAAAUAAAUAAAUUAAACGUAAUUAUAAGUGUUGGUGUCGGUUUCGGACACCAAUGUACCUUUUUUCAGAGGUGUCGGUGCUAUAAUACGUGACAUUGUGAUAUUUGUUAAAGCUAUAUGCAAGAAACAGGUAAAUGUUUAACAAGUUGUUUGAUCCACCUGUAUGAAAAUUGUUGGGUAGCCACUAACAUGUGAUUUCCUUAAUAGUUCCAAAAGAAAAAAAUAAUGGAGCAUUUUGGGUUCCAUACAAAUG